AUGCCUCCCGGCGACGUUCCUUUGCCGGAUAGCCUCGUGCCGGGCAACGGGGCUGUCCGCCCCACGUUGAAUACCAGUGGCUAUGGUGGAGGUAACCAGAUGCAAACCCCUACAUCACCGGCGGAUAACAGUAUUCCAUUCGACUCGCCGCGUGCAAUAGCUGGGGGUUGGAAUGCAUCCGGAAACAGUCCUGUGGAUGGAGCUCAAAACCCCGAUGGCCGUAUGGGUCGAAGAUACGAGUCAAGCAAUUCCAGCCCAAGGGACCCCUCAACUCCGCGCGAUGCAGCUGGCUAUUGGGACCGAUCAACUCCGCGUGAUCGAACACGCCCUAGCGGUCGACCAGUUACGAAGUCGCCAGGUGGGUCGUCAAGAAUUUGUAAAAAGUGCGGCGAACCCCUCACAGGUCAGUUUGUGCGGGCAUUGCUUUCGACCUACCAUUUGGAGUGCUUCAAAUGUGAAGAUUGUGGCCAAAUCGUGGCUUCCAAGUUCUUUCCGGUUGAUGCGGAAGAUGGGAGUGGGCAGUACCCUCUAUGUGAAACAGACUAUUUUCGGCGAUUGGACCUCCUCUGUCAUGAAUGCGGUGGUGCCCUGCGAGGCUCGUAUAUAACGGCCUUGGAUCGAAAAUACCACAUUGAGCAUUUUACAUGCUCUGUUUGUCCGACGGUCUUUGGCGCACAAGACUCUUACUAUGAGCAUGAAGGCAAGGUAUACUGUCACUUCCAUUACUCGACUCAGUUCGCACAGCGGUGUCACGGUUGCCACACAUCAAUCCUCAAACAAUUCGUGGAGAUUUUCCGUAAUGGCCAAAAUCAGCACUGGCACCCCGAAUGUUAUAUGAUUCACAAGUUUUGGAAUGUUCGUUUGGCUCCAACUGGUCAGCCAUUGGAAUAUCCUGAGGUAGAAGCCGAUGCUACUGACGAGCAACGCAACCGAGUGCGGGAGGAAGAGGAUGUGAUGGAAGAAAAGGUGUACAAAAUAUGGAGCAUCCUCUCAAGUUUCGAGGAAUCGUCGGCAGCCUGCAUCUCAGAUAUGCUUCUUCACGUCAGUAAUGGUACUUAUGUGGACGGAGUUCUUGUUGCGAAAAAGUUCAUUGCACAUGUCGAUGUUCUUUUCUCCGCAAUUGACCAACUUGCAGCAAACAUAAAGGCUCAAGGCAUGAAAGACCUCGCCUAUGGUCGUGAAGCAAAACUUCUGUGCAAGAAGAUCGUCGCUUUCUUCGCAUUGUUAUCAAAAACUCAGGAAACCGGCGUUCGAAAACUCGGCGUCACUCAGGAGCUUCUAUCUUUAGUGACAGGUCUUGCCCAUUAUUUGAAGCUCCUCAUCCGUAUUGGUUUGCAGGGUGCUCUUAAGCUAGAGAGGGAGAAGGAAACGCCAGAAGGUCUGCAUCAGUUCUUAGAUCAUCUUGGGGAUCUUGAGGCACUUCGGCCUCUUGAAGAAGAAGUGACUACAGCAGACUUAAUGGCUAAUGUCGAAGUCCUUGCUGAUCAACUCUCCGACUGCUGUGCUGCAUGCAAAGAACCCAUAGAUGACGAGUGCAUCAAGCUUGGAGAUAACAGGUGGCAUAUAAAGCAACCUCACUUGACUUGUACAACUUGCCAGAAAGAUUUAACUGCUAUACCUCAGGAUGCUUUGUGGAACCCUAAGGAUAAGCGCGCUUUCUGUAACAGUUGCGCAUCUGAAAACGGCUUCGCGCAUGAAACACAAGGAGGGUUCACACGAGUGACCAAACUCCAACAGUUUGUCUUCUUGCUGCAGGUUGCUCUUGCACGGCUCCUUACUGUCCUGCGAGCUGGGGGUACUAUUCCGGCAUCAGAUGACGUCAAUCUAAAGUCGCAUGAUGGGAGUGACGGCCAAUCUACUCCUGGAGGUGAAUUGCGUAGGUCAACGACUAGAUCCAAGUCAUACUCACAUGCGAGCAAAGAGGGUACCGAAGAAUCUUCCCUUGAACAAACUGUUGGCGAAAUGCGACGUCUAAGGUCGAUCCGAAACGAGCGCACUCUGUCAACGACUUAUAAAAAAGCACGGGCGUCACGAAUCAUCGAUGGGCCAGAAGGACGAAGCGUAAGGCCAGGUUCAUCCGGCGGUGAAGGCACAGAUCCUCGUGGUCACGGUUUCCAAAUUGUAGAAGAAAAAGACGCAAACGGCGAGACGGUUACUGAGCUGACAUUUGGCAACCAGGACGCUCUCACUUUGGAUGACAUUCCAAGGAUCGUUGCUGCCGAGCAGGCUAAAGAGCAACGCCCCAACGCAUACAAGCAUGCAGGAACCAGGCUUGUCGGGACCACCGAACCUCUUCCGAGAUACAACUAUGGCCAUCAACGCGGUGUGUCCGGUGCUGGUUUGGAGCGGCAUCUUAUGGAACAAGGUGGAAGGGCCAAGAAGUACUUCUCAGAACUAUCCGCGUUGGAGUAUUUCAUCGUGCGCCACGUUGCGGUACUGUCUAUGGAGCCUUUGUUGGACGGGUAUUUCACAUUGGAGGAGCUCCUUUCAUUUAUUGAGUCCCGUAAGCCAACAAUCUGGAAUAUCUUCGGUCGUGCCUUCAAUAAGGAAGCCAAGAAAGGUGGGAAGAAGAAAGGUGUUUUCGGUGUGAACCUAGAUUUUCUUGUUGAAAAGGAGGGUACGGAGUCUAGUCAUGGUGUCGGGCCAGGUGCGCUUCGCGUUCCUGCUCUAGUUGACGAUGCUGUGUCCGCCAUGAGACAAAUGGAUAUGUCUGUGGAGGGUGUUUUCCGAAAAAAUGGCAACAUCAGAAGGCUCAAAGAUCUGUCUGACCUGAUCGACAACAAGUACGAGCAGAUGGAUUUGACAAAGGAAAACCCUGUGCAAAUCGCAGCUCUCUUGAAGAAAUUCCUCCGCGAGAUGCCUGACCCGCUCUUGACCUUCAAGCUGCAUCGCCUAUUUGUAGUGUCACAAAAACUAUCGGAUCCAGAGAAGCAAAAGCGGGUUCUUCACCUUGCCUGUUGCCUGCUUCCCAAAGCUCACCGAGAUACCAUGGAAGUCCUGUUUGCCUUCUUGAAUUGGACGUCAUCUUUCUCGCACGUUGAUGAGGAGUCAGGCAGUAAAAUGGACAUCCACAAUCUUGCCACUGUGAUGGCCCCCAACAUUCUGUACCCGAAUGCUAAGAACGGCACCGUUGAUGAGAGCUUCCUAGCAAUUGAGGCUAUCAAUGCGCUUAUCACAUACAAUGAUACUAUGUGCGAGAUUCCUGAGGAUCUGCAGUCGGUUCUCACGGACACCAACUUUUUCAAAGAAAAUUCCGAAGUCACCACAAAGGAGAUCCUGAAACGCUACGGAGAUAUCGCACGCGGGAGCUUCUCCCAGAGGCCAGUCAAUGGCGGCGAAACAUUUACUAUUACGAAUCAAAAUCGGGGAGCAAACAUCCCGACGUCUGCACGUAUCGAGACGGAUCCAUCCCAAGAUGCAGCGACACAGAUGCAAGGCUCUGUACGUCACGUACAGGGUACUCCCAGUCAUGUCCAUUCAGCUAGUGGUAUCCCACAUGCAGAGUUGGUACCGGCAGCGACAAGCGAUAACCGUGAGCGCAGCAUCAGCAAUGGCAGUCAACAGAAUCCGGUACAACCAGAUACCCAACCUCAACAGCUGCCCUAUAGAGCUCGCCCGGGGGCAGGGCCGAUGGGAGUUGCCAGUUGA